GAAAAAUUAGUUCAAAGUUCUCCAGUUAUUAAUUAUCAUGUCUUCGGAAUAUAAUGUUUAUGAUAAAGAACAUCCACGAAUUUUAAUUCCUGAAUUGUGUAAACAAUUUUACAAUCUAGGAUGGGUAACUGGUACUGGUGGAGGAAUAUCUAUUAAAUAUAGAGAAAAAAUUUAUAUUGCUCCAUCUGGGGUUCAAAAAGAACGCAUUUGUCCGGAUGAAUUAUUUGUACAAGAUAUUAGUGGAAAUGAUAUAGAAUUGCCAAUAAAGAAAAAUUUAAAAAAGUCACAAUGCACUCCAUUAUUUAUGUGCAUAUAUAGAUGGAGAAAUGCUGGAGCUAUAAUUCAUAGUCAUUCAAAAUUUGCUGUAAUGGUAACAUUACAUUGGCCUGGAGAAGAAUUUCGUGUUACCCAUUUAGAAAUGAUAAAAGGUAUAAGAAAUCAACAAUUAGAAAGAUCAUAUCGUUAUGAUGAAGAAUUAAUGAUACCAAUAAUAGAAAAUACUCCAUUUGAAGAAGAUUUAAUGCAUGAAUUGGAAAGAGUUAUUCUUACUUAUCCAGAAACUUGUGCUGUAUUAGUAAGAAGACAUGGUAUUUAUGUUUGGGGUGAUACAUGGCAACAAGCAAAAUCUAUGGCUGAAUGUUAUGAUUAUAUACUUGAUAUUGCCUUACAAAUGAAAUUAAGUGGAUUAGAUCCAGCUGCAGUGCCAAAAUAAAAAAAAGUAUAUCUAAAUGAAUUAAAUCCAACUAAAAUUCUAAAGAGAAAAUAAUAAAAUUAUCAAUUAAGAA